UUUUGGAUCACUUCAACCUCCCGAAUCAAACUUUACUCAUAUGUAUCAUUAGAGACGUAAGCACGUCCUGUUGACUGCAUCGAUUUGUUCGGUGAUAAAUCUUGGUUGAUAACGCCUGAAUUUUUUUGUAAUCUGAUUCAAAAAAUAUGUGCCCCCUCCCCUCCUUUCAAUGCUAAACUCUUAGCAGUGAAAUUGCGGUAAGAAGUGAUAAAAUCGUUUUAGAAUUGGGAUUCUUUUUUCCUGUGGAUGUCUUUGAUUAAAAGCAAUCGAAUAUCUGAGCAAAUACAGGUGACAGUUCAAAGAAUACUGGGAUUGCAACAUUUUUGGAAUAUUAAUAAGCCUCGACUGUGCCGGUCUCAUGCUAAUCAGUGUUCUACAUAGUACUAGCUGCAUAAAAAAGAAUUGUUCUAAAUCGUUUGUGGAUAAAAAUACUUAUAAAUUUAUAGCGUCCAUAAUCGUUUUCUUGCCAUCGUAUUUUUAUUCUACUACUUGAAUCUAACUAAAAAGUUAGUUAUAUAGCUGGAUUUUGAUCCUAGGCAGACGUUAUUUAGAUGUAAUCCUUAAAGUAAACAAUUUGGCAGUCAAAUACGAUGCCUCUGGCAUGGUGAUGGAGGCAGCCACCCUGAGCGGUCCUCAGCGGAAAUGCAACGUUGUUCCUGUUCAAAAGAGCUUGAGUCUUCCAUCUUACGCGAGAGCAGGAGGAGAAGGAAUCGAUCAUAGACUUAUCUUCGCUGCCCUCGAGCAGAAGGAGAGAGUUCGUCGCAAAAGCAAGAUCUUCACAAAAGAGAAAACAUCCAGGCAGAAUAUCUUUUGCCUCCCCAUCUCAACAGGAUCUAAGUGCAGAGAAACGGAUUUAAGUUCAGACACUUCAUGUUCUUCGCUAGAGUACCAGAAACCAAAACCUUCGUCCAAACCUAAGAAAGAGGUUUCUAAACAAGAGGCAAAAACAAACGAAAACGACACGAAGUUAAACGAGCUCAAGACAACUAAAACGAGUGCGCAGUCUAAUGUAAAGAAGGCGAACACAGAAUCAAAAUUGAAUGCCGACUACGGUGUUUUGACUCGCACUAUCACCAACGGGGGUUCAUUCAAGGUGAAUGAACAUUCCAAGGGACAUCGUAGUCCGGUGGAUACGCUACGUCUUAAUAUUGGCAGUAGUGACAGUAUGGAAAGGUCAUCUCGUAGUUCCAAUGAUAGCCUUACGAGAAAAGAAAGGCUGGUCGCUAUAAAAGCACGAGUAGAAGCAGAACGUGAAAAAUAUGGUAAUAGUUCCUCAGAAGACGAAACUAGAACAAACUUGACCAGAUACAAUAGUGACGGCGGUAUUCACAGAACCGUUCGGGAUGUCAAAACUAGAUCGUAUCGAAACGAAAAGAGGUUGAGACGGAGAUCUCAUGGUGAGUGGGCUAUUAAAAAAGCCGAUCGAAAAAACAAUUUAAGUUUGUGUUUGAAUCCUGAAGAUGAUGGUAUCAAACUACACCUCGAAAAACUCAAUCGUUUGAACAAUGAAAUUAAUAAUUUGGAGGUUAAAACAGACUACUGUCCAUCCCCUAAUGUUCCUGACGCGUCAAAGAAAUAUUAUUUCAGUGAUUUUCCAUCCAAAGAAAAUGUAACAAGAUUUGUACAGCAGCGAAUUAGACAUAUUGAAGAGGAAGAACAGAAACGGAAAAGUGGAUCCGACUUCUUUGAUAAAAUAAAAUUAGCUCAGUUCAGCUCUCUCUCGCAAGAAAAAUCAACAUCCAUCGAACAUGUAAAUCUAUGUGAGAAGAAAUCUCUAAUAUCCAGUAUCAUUUCAGACUCCAGACUAGGGAGCUCUGAGUUUAGCCAACGUGCAUCGCCAACUCAAAGGUCAAGAGAAGCUCCCACCCCGCCUCCCAGAUCGCCAAAGAGCAUCUCAAUCAUGAACAAAUCCUUCCUUCAGCACCAUACCACAACACAGUCACACACGGAAAAUGAUUUUGAUAAAAAGAAUAUGUUCCAACAAAAUAAUCUUUCUUUUGCUCAAACCAAAACGUCUGAUAAAAGUCCUAAACUGGAGGUGAAAAUUCGAAAUCCUAAGAAUUCCUUCCAAUCUCAGAACAACUCUGCUGAAGCAAGAGAACUAUUUAACGCGCGACGAAAAACUUGUAGCAAUUUUGAUUUUGUAGAUGAAAAAGUGCUGAAUGAUCUUUGCUCCGUUCUCGGAACGGCUGGUAGCUCAAAUUUAACCACAAAUAGUAACCAUUCGUGUUCCUUAAGUCAAAUCAAAAAUAUUGAGAACAAAAGUUGUUCUUCGAAUCCUGAUAUUUCUCCUUUGAUCCCACUGAGGAAUGAAAAUUCAUCUUUGAUAAACAAGUUUGAAGAAAAUGAAAGAAGGCGCGAGUUUAUGUUCAAUAGUCUCGAAAACAAAAAAAGUUCUAGUUCUAUGUCUUGGGCUAAAUGGAAAGUUCCUUUUGGUAAAGAAGAUGCGUGUAUUUGUUACUUAUCGCCUGGAAGUAAACCCAUUUGCAAAUUCAAACAUCAUGGUUUACUAAAUAAUGGAAGAAAUUCUGAUAAUGUUAAUAAUCAGGACGAUUUUAAGAAUUUAGAAAGUAAAAUACUAUUGAAUGGCUCACAAGAAAGAAGAAAAAUGCUCUCUGAUAAUAAAAGCAUGCCCUAUUUAGCAUCUAGAUGUAAAAUAGAAUAUAAUUCAAAGCGAAAAGAAAAAGAUAACAUAGAUGAAGAUCUGGCUUUGCAGCUCCAAGAUUUAGAAAAUAAUCUAAAAAUUGCUGAUAAGAGUAAACCUUCUGCUGAAAGAAAUGUGAUGAACUCAACCAAGACUAAAUCUUCCUACCCAAAUGAUGAUCAUGCUAAUGACAAACUAUCCUUUAACUCUAAGCAUUCUAAUGAUGAAUUAAAUUCCCUUUCUAAAAGCUCGUCAGCUACAGCGAACCUAGACAGUGCGAUGGCUGAAUUAGAAAAUGUCUAUCUGAGUUUGAAAUUAAGCAGUGAUAAUUUAUCAGAAAGAAAUAGUCUAUCCAAUAUAUCCCUUAGUGAAGAAGAUUCUAAAUUAUUCACUAAAAAAUCUACAAACCUUCCCAAAAAUAAAGAUGUGCCCUCAAGACGACUAUCUAUUCAUGAAAGCAAUACGUAUUUUGAUGAUCCUUGCGGAAAAGAUAUAAACUCAAACCUAUUUUUAAAAGAACACAAUUCCUCAAAUACAACUAAGCCAAAAGAUAUUGAAGAACUCAAAGAUAACUCUAUUAACGAACUAUUUAAAGAUUUAAUGCCUCAACUGAGCUCUCUUGAAGAAAAACUGAGGUCAUGUGAUAGCAAGUAUCCUCAAUCUGUAAAUUGCCAGCGAUUUAAUAAAUUAGAUAACAAAUCAUCCGACAAUUAUACCUCUUCAAUAAGGCUCAAAAAAGAGUUCUAUGAAAAUUUGCAUCUGCAGCAAGAUAACUCUCACCGGAAAAAAAUGGCUGCUCAAAAACUCUCUGAAAAUAUAUCCAACCUAAUGAACUCUCCUACUAGCAAAUCAGCAACUGACAAUCUGUCCGAGUGCCGCUCUCAACUAGUCAACCCUAAGUCUGCGAAUAAUUCGCCAUUAAACAGUUACAAAUCUGUCAAAAUAGAUCCUUGGAAAAAUGAUUCUAAAAUGUCCGAAACUCCUUACUUUACCAGCCAAUUGAUUAAAACAAACGAAUCGGCCAAACCGUUUUGCUCAAGACACGAAGAAAUACGCCAUAUUAGGGUAUCCAUGGAUUCUACGCCUGCUGACUCAUAUCCCGAAACUAGCAAAUAUUCGCGAUUGAGUUCUGCUGUUAACUCGCCAUAUGCGUCGCCAAAAUGCGAUGUCGCCAAGUCUUUUAUGUUUACGCCUGGCACUAACGAUAGCGUUGAUAAAACUAUCGAUGGAUUAGAGGAGUUACUGAACAGUCUUCUUGUCGAUGUACCAGACAAUAAACAAUCUAGUCUACCAAAAACAAAGGAAUCUGUUUCUGCAUCAUCUCCGAUCGCUGCAGGUGAGAUGUGUGUAAUGCAACAUUUGGACAUUAUUCGCUUGAAGCCUGUUCCCAGUUAACAGUUUUUUUGUGUGAAUUUUAUGUAUCUCUUUUAACAGCAUCUUUUUAGCAUUUCCUUUUAAGAAAUACUAAUACAGAAUAUUCGUAUAUUUUUUUUUCAAACAGAGUGUGUGCCUUUUGUAGUUUUUGUCUGUUUUAUUAUUCCUUGGAAUGCACAAGUUUUUUUGCAUGAUACAAAAUAGUUAGUUUAUUUUAAAAAUAAUAAAUAAUAAUAACAUUAAACAUUAAUUUGUGAAGGAGGAGAAACGUGUAAGAUUUGGCCCAUCCAAUCUUUUUCAUAUUGAAACAUAUAGUUAGCGAAUGAUCACCCAGUUUGAAACAUGUUAUAGAGCAGAAACAUUUGUUGCUUUUGUCUAUCAGUCAUAAAAUCUGAAGGUAAAAUCAUGUGAUUUGCAUGCGAUAUUUUAAUUUUUUUAAAAAAAUUAUAUAUAUUUCUUUUUAGCAAAUUUCUUACUUUUGUUCCACCGGUCAUUAAAAUUUAUAUAUAGAUAUAAAUAUACAUUAAUGUACUGCGAUCCAAUAAACCUGUUCUUAACAUUUA